AUGGCGGCAGCGGCGAACACGGCGAGGCUGGCCAUGGUGGCGGCGGCGGUGCUGUGCCUGCUGCUGGCGACGGCGCCGCAGGAGGCCGCCGGCGCCGAUCAGGGGCAGUACUUAUCGUAUGACAAGGUGCUCAGCUGCAAGGCGCUGGGCAACUGCGAGAAGAACCAGGGCCCCGAGGCCAAACGCCCCGGGAAGCCGGCCAACGACUACACCCGCGGCUGCAGCAAGAUCUUCAAGUGCCGCGGCUGA